AUGGCUCGAAUCGACGUCGAAAAAGCCAUUGAGGAGCUCACCCUCGGCGAGAAGGUGGCCCUCACAGCAGGCCAAGACUUCUGGCACACGGUCUCAAUCCCACGCCUCAACAUUCCCGCUCUCCGUAUGUCCGAUGGCCCCAAUGGCAUCCGCGGAACACGCUUCUUCAAUGGCAUCCCAGCAGCAUGCUUCCCCUGCGCAACCGCGCUCGGCGCAACCUGGGACACUGAGCUUCUAUCCCAGGUUGGCUCGCUGAUGGGCGAUGAAGCGAUUGCAAAAGGCACGCACGUCGUGCUAGGACCGACGAUCAACACUCAGCGGUCGCCAUUAGGCGGGCGCGGCUUCGAAUCCUUCUCUGAGGAUGGCGUUCUCUCUGGUACGCUGGCUGGCUACCUCUCCAAGGCAAUGCAGGAGAAGGGCGUUGCCGCUACGCUCAAGCACUUUGUCUGCAAUGACCAGGAACAUGAGCGUCUGGCUGUCAACAGUAUCCUCACAAACCGGGCACUGCGUGAGAUCUACUUGAUGCCGUUCCACUUGGCUAUGCGCAUUUGUCGGACGCAGUGUGUUAUGACGGCUUAUAAUAAGAUCAAUGGUACUCAUGUUAGUGAGAAUAAGGCUAUUAUUGAUGAUAUCCUGCGCAAGGAAUGGGGUUGGGAAGGUGUUGUUAUGAGUGACUGGUUUGGUACUUACAGUGUCUCCGAUGCCGUCAUUGCUGGUCUUGAUAUCGAGAUGCCUGGUAAGACCCGCUGGCGUGGCGAGGCUCUUGCACACGCCGUCAAUUCAAACAAGGUGGCCCAAUACGUGCUUGAUGAGCGAGUGCGCAAUAUCCUCAACCUAGUCAACUGGGUAGAGCCUCUGGGUAUUCCCGAGGGAGCAUCUGAGAUAUCUCUCAAUCGGCCAGAAGAUCAGGCUUUGAUGCGUCGCGCUGCUGCCGAAUCCAUCGUGCUUAUGAAGAAUGAGGAUGGCAUCCUGCCCUUCAAGAAGGAUGGGUCUCUCCUGGUCAUUGGCCCCAACGCUAAGAUUGCCGCGUACAGCGGUGGUGGCUCGGCAUCAUUGGCUCCGUACUACACUGUCACUCCAUUUGAUGGCGUCUCUGCUAAGAGCGAAGGGGAGGUCAAGUUCAGUCAGGGUGCCUAUUCGCACAAGGAACUUCCGCUCCUUGGCCCGCUGAUGAAGACUGCAGACGGCAAGCCUGGCUUCACAUUCAAGGUCUACAAUGAACACCCUGAGUCCGGAGAGGAGCGAGAAGUCAUAGACGAGUUGCAUCUCGUUGACUCCUUGGGCUUCUUGAUGGACUACGUCAACCCCAAGAUCAAAACCAACACCUACUAUGUCGAUAUGGAAGGUUCGUUCACCCCCGAGGAAAGCGGAGUCUACGACUUCGGCGUGACAGUUGUCGGCACAGGCCGACUCCUCAUCGACGGCGAGGUGGUCGUCGACAACACCAAGAACCAAAAGCAAGGCUCCUCCUUCUUCGGCAACGCCACCAUCGAAGAACUCGGCACCAAAGAGCUCACGGCCGGCCAAACCUAUCAGGUUCUCUUCCAAUUCGGCAGCGCCCCAACCUCCGACCUAGACACCCGCGGCAUUGUCGCCUUCGGCCCAGGCGGAUUCCGCUUCGGCGCCAGCCGCCAAGUAAGCCAAGAAGAGCUUAUCGCCAACGCAGUCGAGCAAGCCAAAACCGCCGACCAAGUCGUCAUUUUCGCCGGCCUUACCCUUGAAUGGGAGACCGAAGGCCACGACCGCGACACCAUGGACCUACCCCCCGGUAGCGACGAGCUGAUCAGCCGAGUGCUAGAAGCAAACCCCAACGCAGUAGUCGUCAUUCAGUCCGGCACACCAGUCACAAUGCCGUGGGCUGACAACGCCAAAGCCCUCGUGCAAGCCUGGUUCGGCGGCAACGAGCUCGGCAACGGCAUCGCAGACGUCCUCUACGGCGACGUCAACCCCUCCGGCAAGCUUCCCCUCACCUUCCCCCGUCGUCUCCAAGAUAACCCCUCCUACCUGAACUUCCGCUCCGAGCGUGGCCGUGUCCUCUACGGCGAAGACAUCUACGUCGGCUACCGCUACUUCGAGAAGAGCGACGUCGCGCCAGCCUUCGCCUUCGGCCAUGGAUUGUCAUACACGAGCUUCUCGCGCGCCGAUCUGAGCAUCGAGACCGUCCCCGAACAAGCCAAAUACGCCGAGUCCGGUGAACCAAUCACUGCGUCCGUGACUGUCUCCAACACCGGCUCUGUGGCCGGUGCGGAGAUCGUGCAGCUCUGGGUCCUGCCGCCGAAGACCGAUGUCGGUCGACCCGUGCGCGAGCUCAAGGCUUUCCAGAAGGUCUUCUUGCAGCCCGGUGAGACUCAGACUGUGCAGCUGGUUGUUGAGAAGAAGCUCGCGACGAGUUGGUGGGAUGAGGAGCGGGAGCAGUGGAUCUCCGAGAAGGGGGUCUACAAGGUUCUUGUUACGGGUACUGGGGCUGAGGAGCUGCAUGGUGAGUUUGAGGUGGGCAAAACUCGCUUCUGGCUUGGUUUGUAG